AUGUUGACUACACCAUCAUCAGGUUCAAAUAACCCAUCACCGGCAUUGACACCGGUGGCAACCAACCCACCGGGUUCACCUGCGAUGUUCAGUGACAAGAAGUUCUGGAGACCAUUAUGGAUACCUGAUGAUCAAGAGGAUAGAUGUCUAAACUGUAGCAAUCAAUUCAAUACUCUAUUGAGAAGGCAUCAUUGUAGACAAUGUGGUAACAUAUUUUGUAACAACUGUAGCAGUAAGAGACAAUCAUUACCACAGCUGCACUAUGAUAAACCUGUUAGGAUAUGUAAUCGAUGCUCGGAUUUGGCCAACUUCUCAAAGCUGGCCACAUCUGAUGAUGUUGCCCAACGUGUGGAGGCCUCAAAGGGCUUUUGUAAUCUGACGUUGGAUGCACUGGGCCGCAAACUAAUAGUCAACAGCUUCUUAGGAGUGAUGUUCUCGCUGCUGGACAACAGACUGGACACGUCCGUCUACCGACAUGUGACACGUGCCGUCGCCAACCUGGCCGAGAACGAGAUCAAUCGCACCUAUAUCAUCGAGUCGGAGCUGUUUGACGCUCUGGUUCACUAUCUAUUGACACCGCACGACGAUGACAAUGAGACACGAUUGAACGUCUGCAUCUGUUUCGAGUACUUGGCAUGCGAGGAGAACAUAUUGGUCAAGACACAGUUGGCUGAGCAGUGUUUGCCCAUUCUCAUGGAGCUGUCUCGAUCAUACAAUGGUCAGCUGAAACAUUCAUCAUCGAUCAUCCUGCUUAAUCUCACCAAGAACCCUAUCACACGCGAUCAAGUUGUCAAAGCUGGCGUCACUCAGUCCUUCAUUGCCAUGGCACUCUGCGAUGAGGUCUCCCUGCAGGCAGCUGCCACGCAGGCCAUCUCAAUUCUAUCUCUUAACCCCAAGAAUCAAAGGAAGAUCGUGGAAGGCGGUGCUCUGCCACCUCUGAUCCUUAUGAUCAACUCUCCAGUCGAAAAGAUCAUACUAUAUACAGUGGCCUCGCUGGCAAGUCUAUCAGAGAAUUCUGAUAAUCAACUGGCGAUUGGACAGGUUGGAGGUGUCAAACCAAUGAUCAAUAUAUUACAUUACUCCAACGACGACAAGAUACCAUUACAUGCUGCUACUACACUGUACCACCUUUCAUUAUGUCCCUCCAACCAUGCACUACUGAUGCAACAGGACCUGUUUGAUAUAUUAUCCAAAGUCAUCAUUGUUAAUUAUGCCAACACAUCCAGCGAACUCUUAUUCCUCUCCAUCAAGAUAUUGAGCAACUUGUCAAAUGUCAAAGAAGGGAAACAGGUCAUAAGGAAGAACCAGGCACUGAUGAAUGUACUUAGGAUAAUGGUACAUACUACCAACAAGCUGCAACCAUUCUCAUUGAUCAUCUUUAACAACUGCGAAUCCAAUUGA